GCACACUAAUGCGCUCAAGCCAAGGAGGUCUGGAAGUAACUGCAAAUACAAGGGUUUCAAAUUCCAGUGGAAAGAAGCGAUAUAACUCAUGUAGUUUCUGCUCAGGUUACCUCAUAUCGGAUUUAUAAGCGAGUGAACCUCUUGUCAGACACCCUACGCACUGGCAUGUUCCUCUCAAUCGAUAAAAUCAAUGUUGUCCUCGGUAAAACACGAAGCAAACCUACAGUUGGUCCUACAUGGCAAAACGCGACUCGCACAAUGAAGUCGUCUACGCAAUCCUCAUCUUGCCUAGUGUUACUUGCGGGGAGGAACGCCCAACUCUCCUCGCCACAGUGAAAUAGGCGAAACAAGGCAAGAAUUCACACUAGUCAACACCACUUUUGGCCUGCUAAGAGAAUCAAUUCCUGAGAGGAACCAACACAGACUACACGACCUAUAUUAGUGCUCAGUCAAUACCAUGUGCUCUUUGGGUGAGGGGACCGGUGACCCAGCCAGCGAGGAGAGCAUGGAUGUAUCUGAAGCUUCCAACAGCAGUGGAACCUUGGCCAACCAGUCACCUCUCUCUGACCACAUUCCCAACAACAUCUACUCCUUUGAGCACAGUGUCCGCGACCCCCUUCGGUUCCCAAUGCAGCAGAACGGACGGUUAGUAGGAGCAGCUGUGGAGGGCAAUGUUCCUCCAUCAGCUGGAGGAGGAGCUGCAGCUGAAGCAGCCGGAGGCCAUAGACCUUCACCAUUCAAUCUUUCCCACUUGGAAUUUUCACUUCCAGACACAGAGAUAUAUGAGGCAGAACCAGUGGACUUUCCUAGUUCCCCAACCGCCCUUCGCUCCAUGGUCCACCCCAGUGACGACAGCCUUGGAAUGGGUGUCAGACUGGCAGAGAGGGAGGAGCCCCCACAAGCCCCUGCCACUCCUACUGAAGAAGACCGGUCCAUGUAUACUGCAGUAGUGUCUCCGCCCACUGGUCAGGUCACCCUCCGUAAAGAACGUCCAUCCAGUCUAGAAGUAAAUCGUAAGAAGCGCCUCACAGUCACAGAGGAACUGCUCACAGUGGCGGUAGAUGAUGAUCAGCAUUCCAUCUCAUCACUCAGUCAGCACAGCCUCUCACAUGAUGAAUUCACAGACAUGUUGACUCCAGAUGAUAUAGACACGCCAGAUGAGCUUGAGGAAUCCAUCAUGGAGCGUCUUGGUCCACAGCCCACCAUAGACCCACUUCCAGAGUACACAAUAACGCAGGAAACCUCAGAGGAAAGGUCAUGGCGAUCUGUCGUAAUAUCGGGUAUUGAACGGCGCAUUGACAUGAAGGUCAUUGAACCCUACAAGAAGGUGCUAAGUCAUGGAGGCUAUCUUCCAAGCAGUAAUGAAGCAAUUAUUGUCUUUUCUGCAUGUUUCCUGCCUGACAGGUCACGCAAAGACUAUGAUUAUGUAAUGGACAACCUUUUUAUGUAUGUCUUGACAACCUUAGACCAGCUGAUUGCAGAGGACUACGUAUUGGUUUAUCUUCACGGGGCCACAACACGAGGGAAUAUGCCCUCUUUCGCUUGGCUUAAGCGCUGCUAUCAGAUGAUUGACCGACGUCUGCGGAAGAACCUGCAGGGCCUUUACCUGGUCCAUCCGACGUUCUGGGUCAAGACAGUGGUUGUGAUGACAAGGCCUUUUGUCAGUGCCAAGUUCGCAAGGAAACUCAGGUUUGUGAAUAGCCUGAAAGAAUUAUCAAGUCUUAUCCCUAUGGACCAAGUAUGCAUCCCUGACCGAGUGAAACAAUAUGAUGAAAUACGCGAAAGUUUGUUAGAGAAGGCAUGAAGAUAUGGACAACACUUGGAAGGUCGAGAAGGAUCUUGGCCUUAAUCUUAGACAUAAUGAAGACGUAUCGAGUCUCUGUAAAGAUGGAACCAGAGCUGUUACCUGCAUUGAUUUCAUCCUAGAAGAAGCGACUGUAUGGACAUAGUGUAUAGUACAAUAGAAUUCCCUCUUUGAAAAUGAUUCCUUUGUUGUUGGUUGUGGAUUGACAAUAGUGUGUUGGUAAGAAGUUCUGUGAUGAAAAAAAAGGGACAUGUAAUAUGUACGGUUAGACUCCAGUAUAUGUAUAAUUUGACCAAGCGGUGAAAUUUG